UCACAUGCAUUCUCGGACGGUGGAGGGGGCGGCGUAUAUCGUCAAUUGGAGCCGCAAUGGAAUCCCAUCUUGAUCGUGGCAUCCAUUGCCAUUUCCUUCCUGGGAGCUUUUACCUCGACACAACUCAUGUGCCAUGCAAGGAUGUCAUUACGGUUUCACAGUGUUUUGCUGUGGGUGCUGUUUGGCAGUUUCGUGUUUGGAGGUUGUUCUGUUUGGUGUCUACACAUGGUUGCAAUGCUGGCGUGCGAAUUUGAUGUGAAGAUGGGUAUUAAUACGCCACUCACGGUGGUGAGUGCCUUUCUUCCGGUCUUNUUCACAUUCUUGGCCUUGGGAUGUGAGUUGCUCUGGGAGCGCUGGCAUCACGGCCGAGGGAGGAAGAGACGUAGAGGUAGAAAGACACGGCAGAAGACUACUACGCUGAGUCCUAUGAGUAAGAACAGGAUCAGCUUUCAGCCAUCCAUGUCGCUUCGUGCAGUGGUCGAAGAGGAGGAGGAAGAGGGUGAUGACGACUACCAGGACGAAGAGAUUGCUCCUGACCAGCCACUUUUAUCCAGACCUCGCCAAUCGCCUGCUCGAAAUCCGGAAAGUCAAAGCUGGAGCGGGCCGAGGACAGACUUCUUCAGGUCUUCGCAAGAUGGACCAGGUGCUUCAUUCGAUCAGAGUCUGUUGCCACCAUCUCCGGGUAUCGCCAUGUCUCCUAAAAUACAGCCACGCGACAGUAUACGACCCAUCGUGGAACGGAGUGCCUCUGGGCGUAGUAUACCCAGCCUGAGGAGGGUUACAACGCAGAGUCUUCGUGAUGACACCUCUACCGGAUUCAGGGAUGACGCAUCUACGAUUAGCUCUGGAUCCUUGGGCAAAUCUUCUAGUGACGGAUCGACUUUACGUCGCGAGUCGUCAUCUGGAUCGAGUACAAGCCAUGGUCUCAGUAGUGCCAUGGGACUUGCAUAUCGUCGAGCUCCAGCAUCCACAGUAAACGCGUUCGUGGCCACGGCAAAGAUUCUGUACUUCGGCAUGACUCCGAGGAAUAUACUCAAAGGAUUCCUAUGGUCGAUCGCGAUCACCAGCAUGCACUACACCGGAAUAUAUGGGUUAAGGAUCCCUAACGGAAAAGUUGUCUUAAAUCCUUGGAUUGUUAUAGCAUCUGCCCUCAUAUCCUGGCUAGUGUGUACAGUCGGUUGCAUAUGUAUGGCCGAAAUGGAGGCCAUGCUAUCUCAGCAACUACUCUUUUCAGUUGUCGCAACCACGGGCGUGGCCGCAAUGCAUUUCACUGGUAUGAGAGCGGCUACUUUCUGGUCUACAUCCCCACCAUCGGAGCUUAGNGGGUAUCCACCUGUGAUCGCAGCCGCAGUGGUGUUGAUUGCAUUCACAACAUGUAUAGCUGCGAACGGAUUGCUAGCCCAUUCUGCUACCGUUUCUCGCAAUAAGCUUGCCGAGAUCAUAUGGACGCGUCGAGAGUUAUGGCGAACAAUCGCCCAGAAAGAGAAUGCAGAAGCGGCUGCUCUAGCGAGAAGUGAAUUUAUUGCAGCUGCCAGUCAUGAGAUCAGAACACCAUUGCAUCAUUUGCAAGAUGUUGAACUUUGCGUCGUGGUGGCUCCAGAUGUUCCGACCUCGGUAUUCCUGGAUGAAACGUACAUUCAUCGUAUCUUGAUGAAUUUGCUUUCCAAUGCCUGCAAGUUCACGAGAUCAGGCUAUAUCAUACUCUCUAUAGAAGUCAGUGGCGACAAACUGAUAGCAUCAGUAAGAGACACUGGUAUUGGCCUUGAUCCGACUUUCAUUCCUCAAAUGUUUGAGCCCUACAAACAAGGCGAGCAGAAGGGAAACCAACGAGGUACGGGUCUUGGUCUCAGCAUCAUCAAGCAACUUCUACAAGCCAUGAAUGGUACCAUUACCGUGGAAUCGAAGUUCGCCUAUUCGCAAGAUGUGGGACCAAAUCAGAGUGGAAGCACAUUCACCGUCACCGUGCCUCUGCAGCCUUCUUCUUUGCCCCCACAACCGUCAGACCAACGAGAUGAAAGACAUGUAGCGAUACUGUCCGAGUCGGACACCAGAUCUCUGCAAGGCAUAAAAGCAGCCUGGGAAAUGUUUGCUCAUGAAGUCACGGUUGCAAGCAACAUAUCUGAACUCCCUGAAAAAGACUGGAAAUACAUCUGGGCCGAUAUGCCUUUUCUUCUCAACAACAAAGACCAAUUCCGCCGCCUCAUGAAGCGACAAGAUUGGCUGGUGUUAGUACCUUACGACACGCAGAACUCUCUGUCAGAACUACCUGGCAUCGUAGCAGCACAUCACGUAGUCCUCCUCCCACGCCCACUAGUCUGGCACUCAUUCGCUACUCGCGUCGACGCUGCAAAUCGCCGCAGUCGCAGCGCCGCCGUCUCACGCACCUUGCGCUUCGCUCCCACGGUAGAAGUGAUGCAAGACAUUCCCACCUCUUCCCUGCCCCACUCCAACUCCGAACAAGAAACACGCCAACAUCAGCAAAACCAACAAAAAGCCCCUUCUUUCAGCGUUGAAAUUGAACAACAGCAAAAGGCAGGCUCGCCAGUGCAAGCGCAACCACAAACCGUGUUGUUGGUAGAAGACAACAUUAUCAACGCAAAACUCUUCCAGAAAAUGCUGGUCUCGCUUGGGCAUAAAGUCAUACUGGCUCCUGACGGUGAAGCAGCCGUGACUCAAACGCUGACACACGACACUGCUAUUGAUAUACUCUUUAUGGCAAGUCCUCCACUCCCUAACCCCCAUCUUCUCAUUUUCCAUCCUCUUUCUUAC